UAUCAGAUCCCCCUUCAAACCUUUCUGGGGGAGUUCCUUCUCUUCCUUAUCCUUCACUCUUUCAUCCACAUGGCGAGUCGCAAACGCAUGCAAGACCGAUUAGGAGCCUCCUUGUUCACGCUAUCAUGCUUAUGUCUCCUCCUCUCUGCCAACCUCGCAGCUGCACGCGACAUUUCCCGCCCAUCUACACCUGAUUCAUUAGCCGUUAGAACAUCCGGAAGCGCGGAUGUCCGGUCACUAGAAUCCGCGGCUCGUGAAGCCGCCGCCGCGGACGCGGAAGCCGCCGAAGCUUUAAAGGCGUACGAGGAUGCGAAGAAGGUUCUCGAACGAAAGAAGGUGGACGCGGAGGGGAUUGCUGCGGAAGUGUCCGAAGCGCGCAGCGAAGCGGAAGGAAUGAAGCUCGAGAAGAUUUCCACGGACAUGGACGUUACAGAAUUGGCGGAGCGCGCGUGCAAACGCUUCGAGGACCUGAAGCGCGUGGACGAGGUGGCGGAAAAAGCUGCGGCCGUCGCGAUGGAAAAGCGGAUGGCUGCGGCGGAAGCGGCGGGUGAGGCGGGGAAAGCAGCGCGGCUGGCGGAAGCGUCGGGCACGGCGGAGGCGCGGCUAGCGCUCGUGCAGGCGGAAGCCGCGCGCGCGGAAGCGGUUCGCGCGGCGGAGGAGGCGAAAAGGAUAGCAGAGGCAGCGAGGGAGAGCGCGGAGGAAUUGUGGGAAGCGUAUUUGCAGGAGGAAACCGACUUGGAAGUUUCUACCGUGGAUCAAGAAACGGAAAAAACUUAUAUCGAAGGUCUAGAUUCCGCAGCAGCACGCCUCGAGGAGGAAUAUAGGAAGAGCGUGACUGCAGUGAAGGUCGCUGAGGCGAAGGUGGCGGAAUUGAAGGGUCUUGCUGAGGGGAAGGUCGCGCGGGCGAAGGCGAUGCGAGUUGCGCUGAGGAAAGGGGGGAAGGGGACCAGCCGAGAUGGAAUGACAGCCACGCAGUAGCCGUUUUAAAAAGCCCAGACUAUGUUCACUGAUAUAAGAGACGACUAUAGAGCGUAUCAACAGAGAUGCUGUAGACCCUGCACCUGGCCGGGCUUCAGAAGCUCGGGUUCGCCGGCACAAUGAGCUCAGUCAGUUCCGCAAUGCUCUCCACCAGCAGCUAACCCAUGUUGUGGAGUCUUGUGACAUAGUGUAUAUGGGUGGUUAAUAUACCUACUGUGUAUUGUAAUUUGUUGUCCCCAAAGUUCAGGACAUGAGUAAUGGGAACAUGCAAUUAUAGGCCAGCCUGU